AUGGCGACGGCCAACAAAGGCUCCAACCCCAAAGUGGGGGGUGUCCGUUUCUCCCCGACUCAGACGGUGGAGGGAAGCUCCAGCCACGUCCACUUUGAUGAGAAGCUUCACGACUCCAUGGUGAUGGUCAGCCAGGAGAAGGACGGGGACUUCCUGGUCAAGGUGAGCUCCAACCCCAAAGUGGGGGGUGUCCGUUUCUCCCCGACUCAGACGGUGGAGGGAAGCUCCAGCCACGUCCACUUUGAUGAGAAGCUUCACGACUCCAUGGUGAUGGUCAGCCAGGAGAAGGACGGGGACUUCCUGGUCAAGGUCGGCUUCCUCAAGGUCCUGCACAAAUACGAAAUCACGUUCGUCCUGCCUUUUGUGCAGGUCCUGGGGAAGGACAUUUGCCCGGCACCCCUCUCGAACCUGCAUCUCAAGGUGACCAACAUCGCCCCGGUAUCUGAAGGCUACAGGGUCAGUUGCGAGUACGUGGCCCACAAGGAAGGCGUCCUGCACGAAGAGAUGGUCCUUUGCAGCGAGACUAACCAGAGUGCCAGCAUCAAAGUCGUCGUGCAAGCCCGGGUGAUGGACCGACACCAUGGCACACCGAUGCUCCUGGAAGGCGUGAAGUGCAUCGGAGCCGAAGUGGAAUACGACUCGGAGCAAAGCGAGUGGCAGGGCUUUGACUAACCAGGAUGCGCCCUCUUCCUACUGCAGACUCCAGCACCUUCCCGGGGUUCUCUACCUAUAUAGAU